AUCCCAUCCCAUCCCAUCCCCAUCCCAUCCUAUAUGUAUGCACGCCAUUUACUAACGCACCCACACACGCUCAUCUCACAUCUCACAUCUCCCUCCCGCGAUUAUUCUGGUGCUUCUUGAAAGUACUUCUACUGUACAUACUGCCCUGUGUUGUCGCCGUGCACUAUACCGCCGCUCUACGACCACCAACUCCUGCACAUACUCUGCACUAUAUAGGAUUCCCUAUACUCUCUUCCUAUCCCGUCGCUUCAACCUAAAAGGCAUUUCUUGUUUCUAGAGCAUUUCUAUUCAAGCGCUGAUCGCUUUGCUAUUCCCCUUUGCCGUGUGCCUUUCUUUGCGCCUUCUCCCGCUGCACCCUCCUUCCUCCCACACCACACUAUAGUUGCUAUACUAGUCGCCCGUGCGCUCUGAACCUGACUGGCCGCCGCUUCCCAGGAUCCUCAAUACCAAUACUCCCUCCUCCAGACAUUUGAUCCCGCCACCAACAAUUGAACUUGUACGAGGCUUCCUGGUUUCGCAUCACCAUCUGCUGUCAUCCAACAUCUCUCGACACGUACAAGACCCUCUGCGCAAGCGAUUGGGCUCAAUCUCAUCCCAACACCCUUCACCACGCACCACAUAUGCCCCCCCCAAAACAGGCUUACAACCAACACCGGCAGCGACGGUCCCCGCAGGGCCUCCAAACCGCCAAAAUUCCCUCCCCUCACUCCAUCGCCUCGAUACUCUCGCCCUCCGAGCCCCGCUCAACACUCGACACCCCAGAGACAUCGACGCCGAAGCGGCCGCACGCCGACGCCUUCCCCGAAGCCGACACGGAGUUCUCUCAUCGCCCGGCGGCGUCGCCAAUCCGCCGGCGCCUGAGCGACACCACCAACGACACCAACGCCCACAGCACGCCCGCCGCCGCCGUCCACGCCCACACACACCGCCCCGAACCGCCCGGCGCGCGGCAUGGCGCCCCGCGCCACGUAGACAUGCACGAUGACCCCGACGACAAGAAGCCCCUGCCCAAGAUGCGCUCCAGCAUCGCCUGCUACCGCUGCCGCCGCAGCAAGAUCAAGUGCCAGAACAACGGCGUGAAUACCGUCUGCCGCGCCUGCGCCAACCAGAGCCGCGAGUGCACAUACCCCGAGCCGAGCGCCAGCCAGCAGGCGAACAAGCGGCCCGAGUCGACUAUCGCGGCGAGGAUCGAUGGGGAGGGAGGAGAUGUCAAGCGCGUGCGCAAGCGCGAGUCGGAUGCGGUGAGGAAGCAGAGCUUUCGCCAUAGCGAUGACCCGUUGCAGUCCCCGCCGAUCACGGCGAAGCUGUGGAAAGACGUGUAUACCACCUUCAUGCUGCACUGCUCGACCGAGCUGCCGUUCCUCCAUGAGGAGGUCUUCCAUACCCGCGUCCAUCAGCCUGCUGCGGAGCGGUCUGCGGAUACUCAGAUCUUUCUGUUGGGCAUGCUGACUCUGACGGCACGGUUUAUCCCGCAUUUGGUGGCUUACCAUAGUCAAUCCGAGCCCUCUGACCCUCUUGCGGCAUCGGAGUUCUAUGCCGAAGCGUUCGCGGCUCGCCUUGAUGCGCCGGCUUUGACCGGGCAGCCGUCAUUGGAGAGGGUUCAGGGGCUGCUCAUGAUCAGUCUGUAUCACUGGGGAAUGUGCUGUGGACAGCGCGCCUGGAUGUACAUCACGAUUGCUAUUGGGAUGGCCCGGACUAUGGGACUCAUGUUCGAAGAAGACUCACGGAUAAACCAAAAGCCAGCUAUGAUAGAAGAGGCGCGGCAGUUGGGGGUGAAAUUGAAGGUGGCGGAGCCAGGGGCAGCACCCGACGAGCAGACCCUGAUCCAGCGCGAGAUCAAGCGGAGAACGGCAUAUAGUUGCUUCAUUCUGGACCGGUAUCAGGCAUCCGGGCGAUACCGGCCACAAAUCAUCAAUAUCGAUGACCUGCACGUGCAAUUACCUUGUUCGGAAGAGGAUUUCCUGUUUGGGGUUGAUGUCAAGACUGGAUCGCUGAAGGACACCCCUCGAUCGCCUGACAGCCGGGAUGGUUCGAGGACCAUUUCGUCGACUCAGGUAUUGAGCAUAUACAUCCGACUGGUUGAGAUCUGGGGACGAUUCUCGCGAUGGUCAUGUAGAGGUGGUAGGCGGGAGGAAGCAUACCCUCCAUGGGACCAGCGAUCCGAAUUUUACAAGUUACGGCAGCAACUCGUAGCUUUCCACGAGUCCUUACCCCCGAAACUGACAUUCAGCCCUACGAAGAUCGCCGCACAUAUCGCUAGCAAAUCCAUUACGUUGUACACGGCCAUCCACACGCUUUAUUCGCUUUGCAACAUUGUCCUUCAUCGCGAAUAUAUUCCGUUCAUCCCUAUCCGAAGCACUGGCCCCUCCGGACCCCUAGACGAGCCGACGUUUCCACCGGAGAAAUACGACAUCCCAGAGGGGUUCUGGGACGAGAGCGCCGAGUUGAUUUUCAAGUCCGCUCGCGACAUUAUGGAUAUAGUGCGGGUUACUAGCGACAGACAGGUCAUGGUAGAGUCGCCACAAGUCGGAUUCGCCGUGUGGACCGCCGCCUUCGUCGGCAUCUACGCCGUCCAUUUCCCUUGGAUGGACAAUCACUCCUACAUGAGCAACUCGCCCACAACCCCGGACCACAACCCCACCUACCCCACCAGCAGGCAUGAAGCCACUGACCUCGCCAUAAAGACCCUGAAUCUCAUGCUACCCAGGUCCAAAAUGGCCUGCGGCUGGAGCGUCUGGAUCCAGCGCAUGGAGCGCUACUUUAUCAACAUCAAAAAAGACCACAACCGCAGUAUCCAAGCUCUCGGCCUCCCCAGCUCCGAGCACCAGCGCCGCGAAGCCCAUGCCAAGGAACUCAGCCUCCGCGAGGGCGGCCACGGCGGCGGCCUUGAGGAAUACAAGCUCCUCGAGAAGGAACUCAAGGACUUCGGCCCCUCCCUCGAACAAGACCGCUACAACUCCCCCGACCGCAUCUCCCCCUUCUCCGCCACCAAUGGCGGCUCGCGCCCAACAACACACAUCAAAGCCGAGCCCCCGGCGUCCGAUCACGCGCGCUCCGCGUCGAGAAAUGGCACCGAUAAUGGAUGGGCCGCUGUCAACACCACUGCUACCCCGAGCAAUGGCAGCGCGGCGGAGGCGUACACACCCUCUAACAAGGGAUACGUGAAUCACCACGCCAGCCCAAAGAAUACUGCUACUUACUACCCACCCACCUCCACCUGCGCCGCCGCAACAGCACUGCACUCUAUGCACCCCCGGCCCGCAAGCGGCACCACAAACUCCACGCCCUACGACCAUCCCGCACAGUCCUCACCCGAGACCUACAAGCCCGGCCCCCCUGCGUCAACCAGCAGCGGUGCGUGGGCGUCCCCGAUGCCGAGCCCGGAAAACGCGUUUAGGACCCUGGAGGCGAUUGGUAUGCACGGCGGCAAGGAUUUGGAGAUAUUUGGGACCGGGAUGGACAUGGAUUCCUGGGCGGUAUUUGGUAUGGAUGACGGGACGGGGAGAAAUUUUAUGCAGAUGGGGGUGGGGUGGGGUGGGGAGGGAGUUAAUUAUGUGGGUUAGGUGGUUCUGAGUAAGGGAAAGGAUUCCUUAACAAGGAAGGAAUGGAAAAAGGAAGGAUGGGGAGGGAGCGUUGGGAUUGGCUUUUUGUGUUGUUUUGUCUAAUUGUUGUGGCUUUUUGGGGCGAAAAUUACUUGUUGCGGUGCGGUAAUGUCUUGCUUGUCUUGGUCGUUUGAAAUCAGUUUUGCUGGAAAGGCAUGGGGGUGGGAAAUUUGGUGGGAAGGGAAGUCUGAUGGAAAAAGGGCGUCAUAUUUGUGCACGCAUGCGAUGUAGGACGAUGAGAAAUGAAUGGGGGUUAGGGUGCCCGUUGGUGGCUGAUGGCUGGCGGCGGCUGGAUGCUGGUGGCUAUUUUUAUAAGUACAGGCUAGCGCUUGAGAAGGGAUAUAACCUUUACGAUUCUUAUGACGAUGAUUUGUUUUUUUUCUUAUGUGGGGGCGUGUGUUUUGUGUCGAGGUUUGUUGUGUCGAGGUUUGUUGUGUUGAGGAUGUGAUUAGGGGU